GGUCACACACACAUACACACAGCAAAUGAAGAGGAAGGAAAGAUGGCAGCCAGAAAUGGGAAGAAUGGUCUACUUGAGAAAUGGAGGAUUGAUGAGAAACCUGUGAAGAUUGACAAAUGGGAUGGUGCAGCUGUCAAGAAUUCUCUUGAUGAUGCAGCGAAGAAGGUCCUCUUGGAGAAGUAUGGUUAUGCAGAGAACUUCAAUCUCGUAGAUGGGCGUCUCCUUAUUUGCACAGUCUCCUGCCUUUUCGCCAUCGUAGCUUUAAUUUGGGACUUCCUUCAUCCAUUCCCUGAGUCCAAGCCAGUCCUGGCAAUCUGUGUCAUAUCGUAUUUCAUAAUGAUGGGCAUUCUAACCUUAUACACCUCCUACCAAGAAAAUAACAUCUUCCUCGUUUCUGUCCAGAAAGACCCCGCUGGCAUGGACCCUGACCACACUUGGCAGCUUUCAUCUAGUCUGAAAAGGUUUGAUGACCAGUACACACUAAGAGUGUCCUUCACAGAUGGGAAGUCCAGACACACGCGGGAGCAAGAGAUCAUAAAGUCUGUGGGGGCUUUCUUUGACAGGAAUGGAACACUGGUCAUGGACCAGUUUGAAAAGUGUGUGUCAAAACUCCAUGACACCUUGGCCACUGCAAAGAAGACAAAAUAAAAAUGAUCUGACAUAGCCUUCUUUACAAUGCUGCACCACACCGGCAGAAAUCGCAGUAGAGCACACUGGUAUUGUACGGUCCUGGGUGCAUUCAAAUUAGCUAUUGGUUAUAGAAGUCUGCACGCCAGCAUUUGUUGUCCAUUUGUUUAAUUUGUCCAAUAAAUGUAUGACUGUUGUCCAUUACAUUUUUUCCCCCUAUGUUUACCUUGAUACAAGUCUCAGCUAGACAUUGCUUUUAAGGACCCUUAAGACAACUCAAAACAAAGAUUAAUAACUUGGGUGGUGCAAAAAAUAUUUUUGUUAUCUUCACCAUUGAAUGGCUGUUCUAAAAAUGAACAGAGAAUGGUCCUUUUUUAAACUUUUCUUCCCCACAUUUUAUGCUGUAGGACAAAGCCUUGCAUAAUGCAUGCAGUGAAUGACCGGAUAAGUUUUGUUGGAAAUGAUGGUGUUUGUUUUUUUUGUCCCGAAAGCCUUAAUCAAUGUAACUACUGUCUUUUAAAAGCUUUGCAAUUCUA